AUGGAUCGGCGGCUCCAGCUGGCAGCCCUGCUUGACUCUAUCUACCCGCCCGGGUCGGAGGGUUGUACGGUGCGCACCACCGACGAGUCGACCCACCUCGACUGGGACAGCCUGUUAGUGCAGGCAGCGACCUCGAACGACAGUUUGCCAUCGCUGCAGCCCAACCAAACCGGCCUGUCGGGCUAUCUGCUCGAGCUGGCCGAACAGGAUGGUGCUGAGGGUGAACCUCAGACCGUGCUGCCAACGGGUGAUGACCCGACCACCGACGAGGCAGGCUACAUCGCAUCGCUCAACAGGAAGGUGUUCAGCAUCAACGUACCAUUCAAUCCGGCGUACAGCGGCCGUGUGUCAGCAGAGUGCAAGCGUCAGUCGGCGCAGUUCUUCAGCUCAUAUGGAGCCUCCGAGCUAUGGGCGCUCAGAAUGCACGAUGCCAGCGCCAAGGUCGGGCAGGGCAUUCUGAACGGCAACGUCAACCAAUACGGGGACUUUGAUCAGUGUCUCGCGAUACGGCAAACCCUUGCGGCGAGUUCUGGCCGUGGCCAGACCAUCAGAGGUCGGUACUGCAUGGCGGAGGUGCAACCCACCAUUAAGCCGAACACGCGUGUGCUGAAACAUCUGUUCGAUCUGAUCCAGGCGCACGGUAUGCUCAAGAGCAACUUGAAUGAUCCCGGGCACCGUGUUCCCAGGUUCUCGACCGUACACUGGGCCUUGUGUGUUCCGGCGGGAUGUACGGCCGCCGACGUUCAGCUGUCAUUGGGCGAGUUCCUGCAGCACUACAUCGCCGACACCGGCCUCCACACCGAGGUGAAAGUCCAUCCCGCACUGUGCCAGACGAAGCAUCACAUCUGGCAGGAGUACUUCACCGACCGGACGCUGCUGGUGUGGUGUGGGUUCGUCCUGUACGGGCUGAUCGUGUUGCUGUCCACACUGUACGACCUGAAGGCGCAGGAUAAAGUGGAGUGGUUCACAGUGUUUUCACUCGUUAAAAACACGCGAUCGAUACUAAGCUUCAAAGAGGAGAAGAACGACAUCGGGUGUGUGCACGGAAUACGCUUUCUCAACGCGAUGUUGUUGCUGAUCGCCCACAAAUCGAUGGCGCUGUUCUUCAACCCCUACGUCAACCGAACGGAGAUGAGCGAGGUUCUCGGACAACCCUGGACUGUCAUUGGACGUGCGGCGGCCAUCUUUACCGAUCCGUUCAUCAUGUUCAGCGGCUUUCUCACGACGUUCUCCUUCGUCGAGCGGCUACGCAAAGGGCAAACCAUACAGCUGCACCAGGAGUACAUUGGCCGGUUGUUGCGCAUCGUGCCACCACUCGGGGCUCUUAUCCUGUUCUGCACCUUCGUGUUGCCGUUCCUGAGCGACGGCCCACUGUGGAACCUCGUGGUGACGAACCACGGUGACAUCUGCAAGCAGUACUGGUGGCGCAAUAUGCUGUUCAUCCACAACUACUUCGGCUUCAAGAACAUGUGUCUCACACACACGCACCAUGUAGGCAUCGAUACGGAGCUGUUCUUCGUGGCACCGCUCUUUAUCUACUGCGUGUGGAAGUGGCCUCAACGUGGCAUGAUCGGUUUGCUGACGAUCGCUGGCAUCACCACCGUUCAUCGGUUUUACGUCACCUAUAACAUGCGCCUGGCGAACUACGUGUACUUCGGGACGUCGGUGAAGCAGUUGUUCGAAACUGCGGACUACAUGUACACGCUACCGUACUAUCGGGUCACAGUAUAUAUCAUGGGCGUUAUUCUGGGCUACGCUUGUUCGAAGUACAAAUCGAUGAAACUGAGCGAGAAUCAAAUGAAAAUUGGUUGGUACGUGAGUACGCUUUCCAUCGCUAUUGCUUUCUUUGGACCAGCACCGAUGGGUUCGAUGCAUUACGUUUACGAUCCGCUCCAUGCGGCCAGUUACGCGGCCUUCUCUCCCAUAGCAUGGUGUCUUUUCUUCGCCUGGACGGUUUUCACUGCUCAUCUAGGCUAUAGAAAUAAGGUGAUAGAUUUCUUCUCGUGGCGAGGAUUCCGCGUUACCACCAGAAUAUCGUACGCCAUCUAUCUGACACAGUUUCCCAUUUUCUUCUACAACGUUGGUCGCACGCGAACGCCACAGCACUUUGAGUUCUGGCCGGCGGUAAUCUUCAACACCAACGAGUACCUGGUAGUGUUCCUCUUGUCCUUCCUGCUGACAGUCAUGUUUGAGGCGCCAUUCAUUAACAUUAAAAAAAUGCUUUUCCAUAAAAAGAGUCACCCAAAUUCGCCGCCGCUACGCGAACAAAGCAUCAGCACGAGCUCAGUUGCGCAAGGCAGUCCAAUAGUAGCUACGGGUAGGUUGUGCAAUGACAGUACAUUAAGCGCUACGAGAGACGAGAAUGAAAAUAGUAGAACUAAUAGCUUCGUUAAGAAUGACGGUAUUAAACUAUGUGAAUAG